AAAAGGCAGUCAAACUCUUAACAUAUUAGAGAUUAAAAUCCGUAUUACCAAAAAUAAAAAAUAAAAAAUCCGUUUCCGAAGACCUUAAGACCAAUUGCCCGACCCGACUCGUUCGUGAUAUUUCAGUCUCUUCGUCCUCCAUAUUCAAUGGUGACCUGUAAUUCUCCCAACUAUCUCCAACACCAAGCCAUAGUUGGCUAGUUCCCCCUUUGAGGUAGAUGGACAAUCAAAUAUAUAAUCUCGGAAGCACUCCAACAGCCUUCAUGGAUACCAAGCAUAGCACAUCAAAUCUAGCAUGGAUAUGGGUGAUCGAAACAUUGGCAACUUCCAAUGAGAUAGACACAUCUUUACUCAUUGAUUUGGUUAAGCGGAUUCCUGAAAUCUCCGAUGAUGUGGGGAGAAAUGCAAGGGAGCUUGUCUCCUUGAGAGUUUUAGAGACCUUGUCUGUCCAGGAAAACUCAAAUGCAAAAAAUGAUGCUUCAGUUCCCGGUGAUAAAAUUGAAUUUGAUCAAUCAGUGUGCUGUGAAGAUGUCCUCCGCCACUUAUUGUUGGGGGUUUCAUCAGAUCAAAAAACGUCUAGGCCAGAGUUGUCGAAAUGGGAUUUUCAGCCAUUUAUCACCAAAAAAAGAUCUUGCUUGCCAAAAUGUGCUUUGCAACAGAUCAAGGAUACUGUAGAUACUACCAAUCCUCUUUCUACAUCUUUGAAAGCAAAGAGCGUAUUGGAGGUCGGCAGUCACUUCAGAGAUGGAGAUCGAUUUAAUUCUGUUGAUUCUGAUGGCAUUAAGCAGAGUUGUGAAGUAAAAGUAGAUGAUGCACAACAUGAACAUGUUUUACCAAGUGGGAAUGCAACUCUUUGUUUGGGGGCCAAGAUGAAUGGCCUGCAAGAAAAUCAACCUAGGACUCUGAUGCCUUCUAAGAGGAGGUUGAUGCCUUUACUAUUCAUGAAGGAGAACAGAGAAGAAACUGAACCCAUAUUAGAGAACGGGUCUGAUACUUGCAUAAAGGCCUCCAAAAGGUUUAAGCAGCAAGUCAUUAGUUCCAUUAGUUCCAGGGGCGAUGCUGUUCAUGAUUUUGAAUCAUCUCAAAGAGAUGGUGUUUCAAUAGAGUUGUCUGCACGAAUUCCCCAAGCUAUUGUCCAAAAAGGGAACUUGGAAAAUGGAGCUCUUGUUGGGGGCUCGGAUGAUAGCUAUGAGGGUCCUGCAUCAAAAGUGGUUAGACAGAACAUUGGUACCAGUAGUCAUGAUGACCCGUUGCCUGAAAUAAUGAUUUCAGAGGAAAAGAUCCAAAAUGUUGGAAGUAGCAGCAAAGCUUGUGAUGAAUUGAGAACAUCAAGUGGUUCAUCACAGCAAGCAAUUCAUCAGGAUUCUCGCAUUAAUUGGGAGUGCAAUGGGGGAAAUUUAUUCAAAGAUGAGCUUCCUGAAGGAGCCAAAAAGAAUACAGUGGAAAGUGAUGGGCCUGAGUUUUCUAGCGGUGAUGAAUAUCACAAUGAAAAGACUAGCCUUUUUGCAAAGAGAAACUAUUUUAUUAGCUCUCACUGCACUCAGGGUCAAGAUCCCUUGACAACUGAAAAUGGUAGAGAGCUCAAACUUUGUGUGAAAUGUAAUGAAGGCGGGCAACUGUUGAUUUGCAGUUUGAACACCUGCCUGUUAGUGGCUCAUCAGAGCUGCUUGGGUUCUGUUCCCAGCUUCGAUGAUGGAGGAAACUUUUACUGCCCCAUUUGUGCGUAUUCUCGUGCAAUUUCUGAGUACCUAGAAGGUAAAAAGAUGUCCUCACUUGCAAGGAAAGAUUUGGCAUCAUUCGUUGGCGUUGGAGCUAGGCGACAGUCCAAAAAAUCCUCACGUAACUCACGUAGAACAAAGAACUAGUCUAGACAGGAUGAAGAAUUGCACCAUGAUAAAAAUAAUAAGGAUAUUUUGAAUAAGGUCUGAGAAGGCAGGAGUGCUUCAGUCAAUAGAAAUUCCUUGGAUGGUGAAAUUACGGAAAUGCCUUUUGUAGAUACGUGAUUUUUGAUUCUCUCCGAAUUUUACCUUUUUUUUUUUGAUAUUAAUUAUUUUUAUUUUUGUUCA